AUGCGCGCCAAUCCAAUGAUCACGAACCGGCUCCUGUUGGGACUGGUGUGCCUAGUGUGUUCUGCAAGCGAAGUUCUGGCCAAGGACUGGGUGGCGACUGAUAUCUGCUACACCGACGACCUCGGGAACAAUCUUUGCUAUGAUCCUGUGUCGUUGACGCCUUUCGAAUACAUUCAUUAUGACAGCGUCGGUAAUGAGACUGUCGUAAACUACGACGUGUCGCCUUCGCAGAUGGGAAUCGACUACAUGAACUACGUGUACGGUACCGAUAAUGUUACGCAUGCGAGGCAUCUAUUUGGAAUAAACAAGCGCGCUUCGGACUGGCGUGACUGUACCACUUAUAGAGGCAAUCUUCGAUGGGCGGCUUGUGAAGUCUCUCAUGGAAUAGGACCUCACGUUGGCGAUUUGGCUGUUACUACGCUGGCUGUCGUGAAGUUGUAACAAAGUUGUCUUGCAUGGCGAGUUCGGGUUGUCGUCGACGGACAUAGUUUAGUGAUGGUAAUAGAUAAUAGCUUCGGAGGUUGAACCUGAUGGUCGCAAUAGCAUGGAGGUAGUGAUCGUUGUAUCUGGUUGAGCCUCAGUAAGGUUCGGGAUUGAGGUCAAUUGCUUGAAGAACGAGAUAUGGGAGGGAAGUUCAAAGGUUGUUUCAUGAUAUUGUAG